CAAGUGUGGACGCCUUGAGAAAUCUAUAAAAAGGCCGAACGCCGAUUGUCGCAUUCGAAUUACAACAACGCAAGUGCAUUCGAACUCAAAUAGCAAGACAUCAUAUUAAGAAAACAUAUACUUCAACGCACACCAAGAAAGAUGCUUAUUCUCUGUUUUAUUUUGAUUGCCAGUUUUACGACCACUCUGAUGGCAUGUUCAUGUAAGGGAUUUCAUCCACAGGAGCACUUUUGCCAAGAUGACUAUGGUAAGUUAUAAUCAUAACACUCUUUAACAUUCUUGAUUAUGUGCUCGAUACUUUGUUACAGUAAUAGUCAUACGUAUACGUUAUAGUCAAUUAUGCACAAUAAGGGUAACUAUAAAUAUAAAUAAUUUUCCCCGAUCCACGAUAAUAUUUUCGUGUCGUCAUAGGAAUGAAGUCAUGAACAUAAAGUUGACUGAGUUUCGUGAUAGGUUUGCAACCGGAUGAAUAUCACUAUUAAGCCAUGCAUGUAGUUUGGCAAUAUUCAUUUAGGUAGUCGCAUGCUGGAUUAUCAUGAUAUCAUCAAGAAACAUAAUGUAGCUAUGUAGCUAUAUUAAUACUUCCACAUGAACCACUGCGCAUUUGAAGAGUCGCAAAUAUAAUUAAGAUGACAAAAUGAUGUGUCAUUGUUUGUAUAUUAAUAGUGUUUGAAUAUAUCAAAAGUGUAGUAUAGUAAGAUAUGAUGUCCACUAUUCUUGCCCAAUAUUGCAUGUUCCAUUGUUAGUAUUGUUCACUGUAAAUACGAAUACCUAUAUACAUGUGUAAGAUGUGUUAGAACUGAUAUAUAAUAAUAUAUAGCCUGCAUGUGGCUGUUGUCUGUCUGAGACGCAUCGCCAGGACGUUUCGCAGAAAUCGACAUUAAAUUAAUUCAAUUAUACGUUUAUAAUACCUGGAAGUAAAAAGGAAUGCAAAAUUUACUGUAUCACUGUUGAGAACCGAUGCGAGAACCAUGCAUGGGUAUGUUGGUGUAGAUGGUGUAGUCGUGUAUCUUUUUUAACCAAUUAUACUGACGUUCUUCUAAUAAACCUGUAAAUCACGGAAAUGUCCUUCACAAUGAUGGCGCAUUUCCUGUAUGAAUACUAUAGCUCUUAGUCAGUGUUUAUUUUAAAAUUGGGUUAGGUAUGAUCCGCGGUCAUUCCACUACUUCUAAUAAGCACGCGCCUCAUUUCAUUACUGAUCAGUUGGCUGGCCUGUUCUAUAAGACAUCGAAUUUCCCUUGUAAUGUCGAAUUUAAUUCGUUGAAAUUGAUGCGUCUGAUUUUUUUAUUCGAAAGAAAUGACGUUUUAUUCAAGGAAGCACAUUAUGCAUGUGCGACGUUAGUCGAAUUAUUUUUGACGGGUUUUGUCCCAUAAUUAGUGAUAGAAAUUGACUUGAAAUUCCAUCACUAAAUUUUGGCAGUAUUAAAUUCAACGAUUAAAAUUUGACAGAAGUUCGACGGCUCAAAUAUAGCUCUAGCCCUAGCUUACGCAUGCAUCAAGGCCUACUCAAGAUUUAGCAUUACUGUCACAAUUUUAGCAUUACUGUACGUAGUAUACCUAAUAUUGUAUAUUGACAAAGAAUAAUAAUUAUCUAUGUUAUUUUAUAAUAUACUUUAUGAACUACGGAAGUAAAAUGUGGAUAUUUAUAGGUAUUGUGUUUCAAUCUUUAAGAAUUUCGAUGUUAUUUUACCGAUCCAUGCAUAAUAAACUUUUCCCGUACGUUUUGUAUUGCAUGUAUGCUAAAAAUGUUUUAUGAUCUGUCGAAUAAGAGUAUAAUAGGUCCUCUGCCAUAUAAUUGACUCUAUAUUAAGUGUUUUUUUCCACAUAUGGCAUAUUUGCAACCAAAGCAAAUAUACGUGCAGUGUCGGACUUUUGUCUACAAACAUAUAUAAUACGUACAGCAAGAUCAUGUUUCUUUUGCUGACGAGAUUUAAUAUAACAAUGACGUCUGAAAGAAUGCAUGCUUACGCGAUAUAUCGAGAAACACCCAGACCCAUAGUUGACAUUGUUUAGGCAUCUGUUCAUUUAUUGUAUUAUUAUUGACCAUGAUAGUUGACCCGAUCACUAUUUUAUCGUGUCUGCUGAUAUCAAAAUCUUGACAAAUAAAUAUAAAUGAUAUAAAAUUUUGCAGAUGACUAUAAAUAUUCUAUUAAUAGUGCCGUUUCAUGCAACCCCGUUAUGCUAAGGCAACAGCAGAAACUGAGAGUAUAGGUGAGAGGAUGCAGUGCAUAUGUCUAUGACUAUAUGUCACUGAUGACGCAUGCAGGGAUGUAAAUUUGAGGGAUCUGCACCAGAUUAUGUAACUAUAUAUAACAAAAUAAUUAAAGUAUAGUGGCAUUUCAUCCAGGACUACAUAUACACGAUAUUCUGAUAUAAAUUAAUUAGUAUAGGCCUACGUUGUCCCCGCUAUAUAUAUUAGAGAGACGGAGGAGGAAAUUUUUUUAACAACAGCAUCGAAGGAUAAAUCCAUCCACUUGUAUGAUCGUUCCAACUGAAUCAAGAAGUUUAUAUAUAGAUUAUAUGGAAUUUAAUAAAAGAGAUGUUUGUAUACAGUUUUGGCUGAUAUACAAACUUUAUAAAGUGGAUUUUAGUUACCAUGAUAUUACUAUGAAAGUAAUACCAAAAAUGGAAAUUGAAAUAAAAAAAAACGAUGAGCCGAUUUAUACUAACUUAAAAGGGCCUUAAAAGUCGUAAUUGGGGUGUCAGGUGUCAUGGCGUUACCAACACACAUAUAGGCUUUUCACUGAUAUCACGACAUCCUUAAUCCCGGAGCACUUAUCAAAACAUCAUGCAAUAAUGCAUACAAAAGAGGAAAACCUGAAAAUAGAUCUUAGAUUAAUGUAAGAUUAUCUAGAAUAGGAAUUAUUUUAAUACUCUACAUUUAUUUAUAUAGUCAAAUUUCGAGCCGGAAUAUAUAUAUAUAUAUAUAUAUAUAUAUAUAUAUAUAUAUAUAUAUAUAUAUAUAUAUAUAUAUAUAUAUAUAUAUAUAUAUAUAUUUGAUUAUAGUGAAGAACUAUAUAGUUUAUAUUCCGGCAAACGUGACGUUAUAAUAGAUCUGGUACCACGCAUGCAUAAUUAUACAAAGAACAAUUUUAUAAUGAGAUGAGUUUAAUUAAUUUAAGUAUCUGCAGUAAGUAUUGAAUUAUAGCUUAUAGUACUUAAUUGUUCCUCAUUCUCUGAUUCUCUCUAGCUCAUCGUCAUACCAACCUUAUACGGAGAUUAUAAAAUAAUAGAGUGGGCAUGCAUUGCGGGAUCAAUUUAGUCAAACGAGAGGAACCAUUUGAAAUUUAAACUUCUUACAGCAUCUGUUGCAACAACCUUUGCAAGAGCGAAUUCAAAUAAUUUUUCAAAUAGUCGUGAAAUACAUGAAAAACCUCGAAACGCACAUAUUUUAUAGUACGUCGAUAUAAUGCUGUAAAAUAAACUUUCGAAGUCUUAAUCAUUAUUAGCUAAAUAUAAAAUGAUAAAAUUGGUUAAGGGAAUAGAUUUUCAUUGAAUUUGGGUAGUGCCUUAAUUUUUUGCUCAGACUAUACUGAUUUACAAUUUCGUGGCAUUUGACCAAAAAUAUAAAUUUCGUAGGCUAUAAGAAGUAAAUUCCACGCAGUCCCUAAAUUUUCAAAAUAGUCCAGAUAACCGUACGUAUUAAGUCUUUGGUUUUUUCGAGAACAUUCGGGCAUUCGGUUGAUCGCGAGGGUUCAAAAAGUGGUUGAAAAUUCAUGUCCCAUUAAACGUCAUGAAGCACAGAUGCGAUUGAUAUAUACGGAUAUUAAUUAUUAAAUCAAGAGGUCAUGCCACAAUGACAGCUAGAAAAUAAUUAACAAUUAUUCACCGAAGUGGAGGUGUCACUGAAUAACAGUGCAAGGAUAUUCAUCGAAGCGCGAAGCAUUGAAGUGAAUAUCCUUGCAAUAUAUAUUCACCGACACUGAGGUAAUGUCAAUAGUAAAAUUGCAAUGUUACGUUAUUUCAAUUAGUAGGCUACUCUGAUUAUCAUUUCCCAUCUCCAUAAGAUUAACCAAUAGGCAAUAGCCAGAUUUACGUGCAUAACAGUUUUAUAAUAGGAGUCAAUGGAUCUUGAAUCUAUAAACUAUAACUAUAAGACUCCUGAUCAACUAUUUAUACCCACGAUAAAUAAAUAUCGACACUUAUACAGUAUAGAAAUGCAAUGUUACGUGAACUUUCAGUUCGUGUGCUAUUACAUACUGCAUGCAUUUCUCAUUUCCACGAGACAAACACGUUUGCCAGAUUUACGUGCAUGGGAAUCUAUGAAUUUUGUUCAAUAUCGAUUGACUCCUAUACUACAAGAAAAUCGCUGGCAUGCAUCUUACAAAGUGCGUGUUUGAAAAUCGCUGGCACAUGCAUCUUACAACGUACGUGCAUGUUUAUGUCAUCUGUGAGCCAGUGAGUGUAUAUUAGUCAAACCACUUAAUUGCUGUUAGUUGUAAUUUUUUUAUAUAUUGCGUGAUUAGGAAUUGAUCAGGCCGAACCCCAUUAAAUUGGUAUACCUCUCUCGAGCAUCGUCACCUCUUUAAGAAUAAUUAUUAUCAUCCCGGCCCUUAGAACAAUAGAACAAGCAUGACGUUCCAUAUACGUUUUCCUAAAGUAUAAUCCUAAGGCUAAGUUAAACUAAUUUGUGACCUUUAAUUUAUAUAUACAACAUUUUUUAUUCAAAUCGGAUUAUUUUGUGUAACCUAAUAAUGGCUUUAUUGAGGCCCUGUUAGGGUAAAUUCUGACAGGGAACAUUGCAUAGAAAUACUGAGAACACUAUUUUAACACUGGGACGACAGCGUCAUGUAAGAACUAAGAGGUAGAAUAGUAAGAAUACAAUAACGAAAUUCCAAUAGCGAGAUCUUGGAAACGUUUAAUUUCAACUAACUGCCAAAACGACGACAUUGCAGCCGUUCACGUGAUUAAACUAAAAUUCUUAAUAAAACGCCUCAAAGCAAAUUUCUAUGCCAAAAUCUCUAGUAACAUGUAAAGGAGAGAUAUGGCGCCUACGAAGUUUAAUCAGAAACGAACUGCUUUUAACACGAUAAAUAUACACAUUAUUGUUUUCGGCGCCGCAAUUUCGUAGACAGUCGGGCACCUCAUUGAUGGUUUUCACUUGUUUCCAUCAAUUUCUAUUCGGGAUUUUUUUAUUAAUUUGGUUAGGGUUAGGGGUUAGGGUUAGAGUUAGGGCUGCGAUUAGGGUUACUGUAGGGGUUAGAAUAGGGGUAGGUUUGGGUUAGUUACAUAGCCAUUUAACACCCCUUCCAUCUUCCGAAAGUGACGUCACGUCAGUUUGGUAGAUGGAAACAAGUGCUAACCCUCAUUGGCGUCCAGGCCUCCGCGCGUUACCGACGCGGCCGCCAAAUUCAUUAUGGCGCCAAGCUAUUAAGGAGUGGAGUUUUUAUUAUGUCUUUCCUAUUUUUUGGUUGGGAGAUCUUCAAUUGUGAAAUGCCAGUAUUUUUUAUCUGAGAUUUUAACAGAAUUUUCAGACAGAAAAGAGAUUUGAGAUAAAUAAAUGCUAAGAUUUGAGAUGAAAAUACCUUACGCGCAAAAGUGUGCAAAGGAGAAAUCCUUUGCGCACUACAAAUUGCAGUUAAUUUAAUGUAUAUUUAUCUGUAUGAAUUCAUCAUGACAAUUGUCUUGUACUGAAACAAAGUUCUGGAUAAAUAACAGAUAAAUUGGCUGAGAUUUCACUACAUAUACUUAUGCCGUUCAUAUAAUUUGUGAAGUACAGUACAGUACAGUAUAAUAUUAUUAAUAAGAUAAGGUGGGAGACGCUUUCUGCUUCUGACUGUCUUGUUUUUUGGUUUUUAUUAAAAUCUCCAGUUGUUUGGAAGUGAAAAAGGACUUCCAAGGUUGGAAACAAAAAAUGCGUCUUUAUAUACGUAUUGUUCAAAUAAUGUCAAUCCUAAUGUCCAAUUAUCCAAAUAAAUACUAUAACUGAAUGUGAUUUUCAAGGAGUGAAAUAAUUGGAAAUGUUAUUGUUGCAGGGUAUCUUUGACCCAGAAAUUUGAGUAUAGUAAAUUGCAAUGGACCUUUCACCUUUUGACUAAAAUUUAGAUUUCAACAAGUCUAGACAAAAAUUUUAUCACAGCUUGAAAGAGCAUCACAAAAUUAGUAAUAUUCCAAAGUUUCAUUGCGAAAUGUUGUAAAAUGCGGAUAAUAUAGCCUUGCGAAGUUUGCCAUUUUCAGUCAUUUUGUAUUACAAACGGGAAAUACAUACCCUUUUUCUGAAGGAGGUAUGUAUUUCCCGCGCGUAAUACAAAAUGACUGAAAAUGGCAAACUUCGCAAGGCUAUAUUAUCCGCAUUUUACAACAUUUCGCAACGAAACUUCGGAAUAUUACUAAUUUUGUGAUGCUCUUUCAAGCUGUAAUAAUUUUUUGUCUAGACUUGUUGAAAUCUAAAUUUUAGUCAAAAGGUGAAAGGUCCAUUGGCGGGAAAUGAUCACGUAACCUAUAUCUUCACUAGCGAAGAUAUGAAAAGUAUCUUACUGUGCCUUUUUCGGUAUCUCACCAUCUACUAUAUGAUAAAGAAUAAUAUUAUAUAUUUCCCAAGUGGAGCUUACAGCUUACUUCAACAUGUUCUGAUUUGUAGUGUUACGAAUAAAAGUUGUUGGGUCAUUAAAAGUCGACCGUUCGGACGAAACGCCGUAUACUCCAGGGAUUCUUCGUUUCGAGAAGAUAUACUAUCCAAUUCGAAUCAUUAAAAUUUACAAAGGAAAUAUUUCAGGCCUGACUCAUCUCAAACCCUUACGGCGUCAUAGUAACAAAGUGAGGUACAUUUCAAGAUUGUACGUCCCUUCGCGAAUAUCGUCUUGUAGUUUAAGUUUAACAAAAACACGAAUAUAUGUUGUUAUGGGACAAAUACAUCAGGGCGUGCUUCAUCACGGUUUGUGUAAUUGGCGUUCAACAUGGAAACACAUAACUCACGCUCAACUAAACGGACUGAAAAAGCACUACGCCAAAGGAUGCGAGUGCAGCAUUCGCACGUGUCCCACACGUGAAUGGUGCAAAAAGUCACAAUUACCUACAGAGUGUAGGUGGGUCUCAAAUGAUGGUUUCGGAGUGUCGCAAUGUGUGGACAGAUGGCAAGUGUGCAGGUAUAACCGUAUCUCACGCAGUUGCAAAUGGAGACAACGAGAACACCCCAAUUUUAAGAAAUGUGUCAAUCAAGUUAGAUGGCCAAAGAAACUCGAAAACAGUUAAUUUAAAGAGGUUAUGCAAUAGCCAAGGUUUACAACAAGUGAACUCCAUGUAUUUUGUCUGGAACGAUAAUUGACCUGCAGAGAAAAAGUGAAGCAUAAAACAAAUGCGAACGCCACUUCGUGCCACCUGAUGCCACUCCUUACGCAAACUACAGCGAUUGAUAACGUCAUCACCGGUCAGGUCAUUAAAUUACUCGAUCGAGUCGAACUAUAUCAAUUAGGAAAGUUUUUCACAUAUUAUAAAAUAAAGUUAGCCAAACUGAAAACUGUACGAUAACUUAUCCUGUCGCGUAUUUUAUGACUAUCAAACUUUUUCGCAAACUACUUUUACAAGUUGAAAACUAUAAACUAAGAAACUUGAACGAAUAAACUAAAAAGUUGCUUUAAGCUACGUUUACACGCUGCGAUUUGUCGGGCCGAUUUUGAAAAAAAAUCGAUGUCCCUUCUUCGACAUUUAGCGAUUUAAACGUUCAAUUGAAGCUGUCCGCUCUCUCGUCUGUUCAUAUUAUAGUUUUCUGCGUGCGAAAAGUUUUCAACAACUUUACAACGGAAGAAAAAUCGUUGAAUCGUGAGAAAAUCUGUGGUUUUGUUACAGAUUUUUCUCCCGAUUUUGUGAAUCGCAAUGUGCUGACGCGAGUACUCACGACAGGUUGUUUACAUACAGCGAGCAAAAUCGGCCCGACAAAUCGCAGCGUGUAAACGUACCUUUAAUCGACUUACAUAUACUGACCGCGCAGUGAAAAAAUCUUGGGGAACUGAAACUGACGUCCAACCACGCGGUGAUGGCGUAUAAGCUAGGGACUGAAAUUGACUAACAAAAUGACGUGGAGGGCUGACGACCAUAGAGAUCAUAAAUAACACUAGAGGGGGCAUCGUAAUCUUAAUUCAGUCAAAGAAAGGGAACGCGGCUGUUGGGGGGGGGGGGGGGGGGGAGGCAAAAAAUUAAAAUGCUAAAAUAAGAGCGAGUUUGAUCCAAAAUCUCUAAAUUCUUGUUUAUGUCAGUUAAGUAGUCGCGUUUUGAUUUUUACCAAGCAUUUUUACCUCAUAUUUGUCUGUAACGCAUUUUUGAGAGCGUUCCAAAAUAAUGCUGAUGUCAGCAAUUUUGAUGUUUGCAAGAGGAAUUAAACGUUUGAAUUCAGAAUUUUGGGGGAAUGUUUGUAGUAAUGACAUGCAAAACAUAUAGAACACCCAGUUUUGUGACUCUUGUAUUAAAUUUUUGAGGUUUCAAAUGUAACCAAAGAAUUGUGUGGUGUUCAACCUGGAUUUCAAUUUGCCCCCCAUUACCUCGUUCCCAAAUUUCACCCUCGAUGCCCCCUCUAGUGUUAUUUAUCAUCUCUAUGCUGACGGCACUGCUUACGCGUUGCUGAUGCGAGGAUUUACUUUUUUUACUGCCAUAUGACUGAGUGUUAUCGUUCCAGCUGAAGUAAAUAAAACUAAAUUGAGUUCAAUGUUAACAACAAAGGAAGGCAGCGCGCUCUAGUAUAAUUAAAGUAUAUAUUAUUACAAAGAGUGUUGUAAUUUUUUAAGCCCGGCGCACAUGUACAGUAGUGCAAGUUGCACGGUGAAUUGUCAUUCGUGACCAAUUAAGUGCGACAAAAAUCCUAGUGUGCGGGGAAAACAUUCAGGAUUUAAUUUUUGUCACUCGUGUCGUGAACAACAAUUAUAAUAUAGCAUUUGUAAAUUCUGAACGCUGAUUGGCUAAGAGCCGUGUUAAUAUAACUCAAUGUCAACACGGAAACGUCGGAAAAUUUCUUUCUUUAUAGUUUCUUUGUGCUAUAUUUUAAAACAAAUAUAAACCAUUUUUUCCGUAUUGAUAUAUAUUAUAUAGUAAUAUCAACACUCGUGGAAUUUGGGAAAACUCGAAAUUGUGUGAAAACUCGAAAUUAGUGAGUUUAAGAUACCCCGGUUUCGGUGUACGGGUAUGGCCGAUAGUGUCAUCGUGUUUACUAGUUUUUUACUGAUGUCUGUAAUUCGAUCAUACUUUUUCUGUUUUCUUCCAAUAGACAAUGAUAUAAUGUGAAAAAUGUGCACCUUUAUUACGAGUAAGGUACAGACAUCGACGAAAAUAUUGCUAACCAAAAUCAUGCUACCCGUACCCGUACACCGAAACCGGGGUAUCUUAAACUCGCUAUUGUGUGAAAACACUCCGCCCUUCGGACGUCGUGUUUCCAAACAAUUUCUCGUUUUCCCAAUUUCCACUCGUGUUGAUAUGACUGUAUAUCAACACGGAAAAUGUUUUAUAUUUGUUAAAUAUCACAUAUGUUUGACAUUUUCUGUCGUCACAAAAAUUCCUAGUGUGCGGCAGACAGCUCAUCGCAACUUUUCACAGCAAAGAAGUGCGCAUGCGUGAUAUUCCCCCAAACACCAUGGCGGAUAGUGAACAUACUAGUGAACUGAUCAACGAAGCAAUUUUGGAGAAUAAAUUGGUAGAUAUCUGGCCCGAAUUAGUCCGCAAGAUUAUUAUAGACUCUUUAUUUCUUCUCAAAAUCCAUCGUUUCGUCCAUAACAUCGUACAUAACAUAUUAACGUCCAUAAUUCGCCCACAGACGUUUUCGACAUCACCGUAUAAGCAAAGGAAGUAACAAGAUAUGUUCGUCGUCUGACAAACCAUCAAUCCGCCAUGUUGUUCAGUUGGGGAUAUCACGCAUGCGCACUUCUUUGCUGCGAAAAGUUGCGAUGAGCUGUUUGCCGCACACUAGGAAUUUUUGUCACGAAUGACGGAAAAUAUCAAACAUAUUUGAUAUUUGUUGUUCACGACACGAGUGACAAAAAUCCUGAAUAUUUUCCCCGCACACUAGGAGUUUUUGUCGCACGUAAUUGGUCACGAAUGACAAGUGUGCGUGCAACUUCCACUAGUGUGCGCCUGACUUUGGACUAAAAACGUAGAACAUGCAUGCGCCAUAUAAAAUUUAAUUAGAUACAGACCAGACUUGUGAGUUUUGACCAUUUGUGAGAAAAACCCUGCAACUCUGCGUUGUGGACAUAAAAUUUACUCAAGCGGAAUUCGAACUUUCAACUCUAUAUUUCAGAGCCAUUCUCCUAGUAUAGUGAUUAGUGUAAGCUGAUUUAGGAGUUAUCAGUUUAAAGAUUAAAGAUCGUCAUACAAGGAAACAUGAUAUAAUAAUAAAAUAUUAAUAGUAAUGAGUCACGAGAAAAACCCAACACAAAGUUGACUCUCAACAUUUGAAAUGGAUCGAAAGGAUAAUGUUUAAGUUGACUGAUUAUGGAUUUGAACUCUUGCUCUCCCAUAGAUCAACUUGGUAAGCUCAAUAUGCGAUUUCAAAUCCAGCUUGAAUCAACUUAAUGUUGACAACGCAGUGUUGGAUUUUCCCCAUGAAUAUCAUAAUUAUUAUGAGUAGUUAUGGUGCUCUAGGAACUGAACAUUAUGCUGCAAGCCUGUAUAAAUGCGGUAUAAUUUAUACGAUGAGUAUGUAUAUAUAGAUGUACAAAAUAUAUAUGUAUAGUUAUUGGAUAUAAAUAAUAAAAUAUAUAAUAUCCCUG